GCCCGACUUGGGCGCCCCUUGCGUCCCGCCGUGGGAGCGAUGCCCCCCGCCCCUCGCGCCCGCCGGCAACAACGACGCGAGCAUGGAGAAGUCGAGUAGCGAGGAUUCUUCCAUUCACCGGAGCCCGUCUUUAGACAGCAAGGACUCGGACUUUGCUAAGCCGUCCACCUCGGGCCGCCCGUUCGGCCGCGGCUUCACGGCCGGCGCCUUCUACGGCACGGCGGGCUCCCGCGGCCAGAGCCGCGCCGAGGCCGGCGUGAAGACCGACAAGUACGAUGCUCCCAAAGGCAGCAAAUACGUGGUGUUUUACCUGGACCUGUCCUUUGUGUUCCUUCUAGAAUUUAAGAAGUGCAACAUGGCCAGGGGCUGCCUGUGCUGCCUGAAGUACAUGAUGUUCCUUUUCAAUCUCAUCUUCUGGCUGUGUGGCUGCGGGCUGCUUGGAGUGGGCAUCUGGUUAUCCGUAUCCCAGGGCAACUUCGCCACCUUCUCCCCCAGCUUCCCCUCACUGUCUGCUGCCAACCUGGUCAUCGCCAUGGGCACCAUCAUCAUGAUCACGGGCUUCUUGGGCUGCUUGGGAGCCAUCAAGGAAAACAAGUGCCUCCUCCUCAGUUUCUUCAUUGUCCUGCUGGCCAUCCUCCUGGCAGAGCUGAUCUUACUCAUCCUCUUCUUCGUCUACAUGGACAAGGUGAAUGAGAAUGCCAAGAAUGAUCUGAAGGAGGGCCUGCUGCUCUAUAACACUGAGAACAACGUGGGGCUCAAGAACGCCUGGAACAUCAUCCAAGCCGAGAUGCGGUGCUGUGGGGUCACUGGCCACACUGACUGGUUCCCGGUGCUGGGCGAGGACACAGUUCCUGACCGCUGCUGCAUGGAGAACUCCCAGGGCUGCGGGCGCAAUGCCACCACUCCCGUGUGGACGACGGGCUGCUACGAGAAGGUGAAGAUGUGGUUUGAUGAUCACAAGCACGUGCUGGGUACCGUGGGCAUGUGCAUUCUCAUCAUUCAGAUUCUGGGCAUGGCUUUCUCCAUGACCCUCUUCCAGCAUAUCCACCGGACGGGUAAAAAGUACGACGCGUGAGCCAGCUCACCGGGGACCUGGGCACUGCUGGGGAAGAGAAGCUGUGGGCUUCGCCGGCCCCCCUGCUCUCCAGACUGCAAUCCCCACCCCAGCCCCAGCCUGCCCUGCCUCACACUCCCCAUCCACCCCGCCUCAGACUGAGCCGAGGCUCUGGGGUGUGGGGCCCAGGAGGCGGCCGGCAGAGGCACAGAGACCUUAGCCGCUGGGCCACUGGAUUCCUGCACCCACACCUGCCCCUGUAUAUUUGCCAAAGACAGCAAGGGUGGGUGGGCUGGGGAUGGGCUCGGGGAGGAAGCCCCCUGCCCUUCCUCACACUGACACUUGGUCCCCGCCUCAAUGGGGGAGAAUGUCCCCAAACCCAGCGGAGGCCACUGCCACCUGCCCGCCCGUGGCCACCUGUGGGAGAGCCGGUAGAGGCAGCCUGCCUGCCUGGGCUUUUUAUACCUUAUAGUGUAAUUUUUUUAAAUUUUAUUUUACUCCGAUGAUGGUCAUUCAGGAAUAUUAUCCCGCAGAUAAGCGUAGGGCUUAGCGUUCUGAUUUAUAACUUUUUACUGCGUUUGAUUUUUUGAACGGUUUGGUUUUUCUCUGCCAGAGGGUGGGGGUCGGAUGGGGAGCCAGCGUUGAAGAGGCUGCUGCAGGUGAGCUGGGCCAGGCCUGUCCUUGGUGUGCCCGGAGAGGCGCACUGCUGGGCCUGGCAUCAGCAGAUAGGGGGCCUGGAAGAAGCAAAGACGAAGCAGAUGAAGUGGGGCAUCCUGCAAGGGCUGAGCAGGCAGGGCGCAGCCAGGAGAGGGCGACCUGCAGGGGGAGCUGGCCUGGUCCCCACCCGCAAGGAGCAGCUUUUGAGCAGUUUCCCUCCUGCCCUCUGCCAGCCUCCUCUUCCCCUUCACGAGGGCGGUCCUGCCACAGGUUCUGCACACCCCAGUAAUUUUCACAGACAUUCCUUCUAGAAACUUCCAGACAGAUACCUCUCUGGUUCUCGGUUCACAUGCUGCUCACUGUGUCUCUUCCUUGCUUCUGGAAGGGAGACACUGCCAGAUCUCUUUUUCUUUUCUUUCUUUUUUUGCUGCUCAAACAAUGGCAGAGGACCUGUGACCGCCGGGAGGGGAGAAGGGGCUGCAGGCAUGGAGGGAACCCCAGGAUCUGUCAGCUUCCUUGGGCACUGCUGACAUCAGCAGUGACAUGCCUGGGUGAGUGGUGACCCCUGGAAGACAUCCAGGAAGCCCAGGAGAGAGGGGUCAAGCUGUGUAUGGCUGUCCAGGUCCUGGCAGGCACGGCCCUGGGCUUGCAAGCUGCUGGUUAGCUGGGUGGGCUCAGCCACCAGUACCAACACUGGUCUCUCUAGCAGUUUGAAAGUCCAGAGUACCCCGGGCCUGGGCUAAGGAGUGUCACCUGCCCGCUUACUGGGGUCGUGCACACUUCUCACUGCGGGGGGUGGGCAUUGCCUCUUCCUCCCGCCGUGUGGCACCUUGCCUUGGUUUCUCAACUUGCCCCAUUCUCUUCCCUGGUCUCCCCAGGCCUGUCUGCUCCCAGAGCUGAGACGCAAUUGCCCAGCCACCCUAUGGCUCCUUGCCUUUGCUCCCAGGAGCGCCCCACUGGGGACCAGGUGUGGAGCCCUUGUGCUAUGCUCAGAGUGGACUGGAGGGGAGAAGGUGGGUCUAGCUGAGUGGGCUGAGCGCAGACCUCUGGCCCGAGCUGGGAGAGAUGCUGGGAAGGCAGGUAUGCACGGGGAACAGUGGACAAGCAGGUAUUUGGGUAAAACAACCCCUCCCCCACCGGCCCACCUAAAUGCAACGUGAAUCCCUUGGCAAGCAUGCAUUUAGGUGGUCUGGUAGAAGCUGGCAUGAAAUGAGUUUGCCAUAGGUUGAGGGUGGGGCGAUUCAAGGUGUCAGUGAAGGUUGGGUUUUGUUUCAGUCAGUGGCUCCCACCUCCCCCCACCUGUCUGAGAGCCUCAUCUAUACAUCCCCAGAUAGCCUUCGGGGACCUCAGCCUGUGUGUGGCCAUGAAGUCCCUUGGCCAAAGCUACCAUGGGAGAUGUCUCUGGACCUGGGUGAUGGGUGUUCCGAGCCUCUGGCCCGUAAUGGAGAAUGGUCCCCAUGCCACCUGGAAGGCCACCCCAGCUGCUGCCAGGGAGGGUGGCCUUGUGCCCUGGUGACCCCGACUGUGAUCCUGGAGAGUGUGGCAGAGGUCUUAGGAGUGGAGCCACGCCCCUGGGAUCCCAAGGUUCAGGGGAAUAUGGGGGUGCUUGGCCUUUCCCUAUAGCUGUGUCACUGCUGGAGACAGCAGGUGUUGGAUCCCUCAUGUUCCCUUGCUCCUCCCUCUUCCAGUCAGGGGGACUUGUAACAUGGGCUGCCCCUCUGGGAAGGCAGUGACCAUCCCAGACCCUCUUGUACGUGUUCUGCUUUAGCUAAGAACUAGGUGGCCACCGCUCUGGGCUUUGGCGGCCGAGGAGCAGUGCAGGUGGAUGGAAGCGCCUGUCCCCUCCCAUCAGGCUCCCUGCCCACCGUGUGGUAGAGGUGCUGACCCAUAGGGACAUGUCCAGUGUGGGAGCUGGUUGCCAGGUGCUUGGGGUCCCAUCCUUGGCCCUUGGAGUCUGAUCCCCCUUCUUGGCUUCCCCUUCUCCUGUUUUGCUCCUCUCCAUCCAGUGGGCUCUGUCAAUGGUGGCAAGGUCUCGGGGGGCCUCUUGCCCACUGGCCCACCUGCCCUGGGACAGCCUGGGAGAGCAAAGUAUGCACGUUGGUUGGUUUCGAAUGCACUUUUCUGCCUGCAAUGCCGCAUCUGUGGGUUUCCUUCAUCCCGCCUCUGGCUUCAUUGGACACCAUGUUUUUAGCAUGUUUUUAAAUAAAAAUGGAUAACGUGUUGAAGCACAA